AUGAAUGGGGUCAUCGGCCAGGUGGUGCACGGCACGGGUGGAGUCGUCGGCCAGGUGGUGCACGGCACAAGCAGGGGCAUUAAUGUGGUCAUUGGCCAGGUGGUGCACAUGAUCGCGUCAGGCUGCGCACCAGGGUUUCGAGCCGGCACGCCACCGCUGACCGCCGCCUUCCUGUUCCGUGCCGGCAGAGAUCUAGGCGAGUACAUCCGCGUUUGCGUCGCCGACGCCUUCCGGCAUGAGGAGCGCAGCUCGGUCGAUGAAAAGGCCUGCAGGCAGCAGCUGGAGAGCCUAUCGAGGAUCGCCAACAACCACCACCUCCACAGCGCCCGGCGGAGCGGCACAGGCACGGGCUCGGGCCUGAGCGUGGACCAGUGCCACCAGCUGAUGACCAACGAGUUCCUGCAGCAGCUGGAGACGCUGGACCAGGGCUGGAUGAAGCGCAUCUCGCUGUCGGUGGGCGCACGGAAGUGAACGCGGACCUCGCUAGUGCGGCCCGCAGCCGCUAGGUAGACUGUGUGCGGUGCGCGUGGACUGGCAGACGGGACGUGCGGAGUGCGGCGCGGCCUGACCGGCCCCGCGAGCAGUGCGUGUCUGUGUCUGUAACCCGGCCGA